AGAAGAAGAAGAAGAAGAAGAAGAAGAAACAACAGAAACAGAAACAGCAGCAGCAGCAGCCAUAGUCGAAGCCACCGCCAAGUGAAGCUAACUGACCGUCAGUUUCUGUUACUGGUGGAACAGACUCGUUUUCACCGUUAAGGGGGGACCAACGCACCGCUGAGAUGCCUGAAACUGAAAGUUACUCCAACCCUCUGGCUCCUGAUGGUCACGAGGUGGACGACCACAGAGCUGCAGCUCAGUCUAAACUGACCAAUGAUGACUUCAGGAAGUUACUGAUGACACCGCGGGCGGCGCCCUCCUCAGCCCCGCCCUCCAAGUCCAGACACCAUGAAAUGCCAAGGGACUAUAACGAGGAUGAGGAUCCUGCUGCGAGGAGGAGGAAGAAGAAGAGUUACUAUGCUAAGCUACGUCAGCAGGAGAUGGAGCGAGAGAGAGAGCUGGCUGAAAAGUACCGAGACCGAGCAAGAGAGAGACGAGAUGGAGUCAACAAAGAUUACGAAGAGACAGAGCUGAUUAGCACCACAGCUAACUACAGAGCUGUAGGACCCACUGCUGAGGCAGAUAAGUCAGCAGCAGAGAAACGUCGGCAGCUGAUCCAGGAAUCUAAGUUUUUGGGAGGUGACAUGGAGCACACUCACUUGGUGAAAGGUCUGGAUUUUGCUCUGCUGCAGAAGGUGAGAGCUGAGAUCACCAGUAAAGAGAAGGAAGAAGAAGACAUGAUGGAGAAAGUCCAGAAGGAGGCCAAGAAAGACGUGGAGCCGGAGGAGAAGAUGGAGUUCAAGACUCGUCUCGGUAGGAACAUCUACCGCGUGGUGUUCAGGUCCGGUCUGGUGGAGAGGAACGAGCUCUUCCUGCCCGGCAGGAUGGCGUACGUGGUCGACCUGGACGAUGAGUUCACCGACACCGACAUCCCAACAACUCUGAUCCGCAGCAAAGCCGACUGUCCCAGCAUGGAGGCUCAGACGACUCUGACCACCAACGACAUUGUGAUCUCUAAACUGACGCAGAUCCUGUCUUACCUCAGACAGGGAACACGACACAAGAAAAUCAAGAAGAAGGACAAAGGUAAACUGGAUGAUAAGAGGGCUCCCGAGGCUGACCUGAGUAUCUUUGACGACAUCGGGGACUACAUCCCGUCCAACGCAUCGUCUGCCAAACCUCCCAAAGACAAAGACAGACACCGAGACAGAGACAGAGACAGAGAGAGAGAGAGAGAGAGAGACAGAGACAAGGAGGACGACAGCAAGAGCAGGAGACACAGCUACUUCGAGAAACCGCGAGGAGACGAACACCAGGUCAUGGAGGUGGACACAGGUCCCGGAUCAGUCAGAGAGCAGAUCAAGAUGAUCAAUGAGAAGUUUGCGGGAGCAGCAGGCAGCCAAUGGCAGAGCCAGGAACCUGGUUCUCAGCGGAGAGACGGCGGCAAAGAGCAGCUGGGAGAUUUCUUUGGAGGAUCAAACUCAUACGCGGAGUGUUACCCUGCUACGAUGGACGACCUAGCUGUGGACAGUGAUGAGGAGGUGGACUACAGUAAGAUGGACCAGGGUAAUAAGAAGGGUCCGCUGGGCCGGUGGGACUUUGACACUCAGGAGGAAUAUUCAGACUACAUGAACAACAAGGAGGCUCUGCCCAAGGCGGCCUUCCAGUACGGCAUCAAGAUGUCUGAAGGCAGAAAGACUCGACGUUUCAAAGAGACCAAUGAGAAGGCCGAGCUGGACCGACAGUGGAAGAAGAUCAGCGCGAUCAUAGAGAAGAGGAAGAAGAUGGAGGCUGACGGGGUGGACGUGAAGAGGCCCAAAUACUGAAGUCUUCCCUCCUUCCCUCCCCCUCGGCAGGGGACCCACGAUCACUAUCGAUCAGUGAUUAUCUGUUGUUAACGACCUGUAAUGGUCUGGUGUCACGCUUUGAAUAAAUUCAUGAAAGUGUAAACCGACGGUCAGAGGUCAUACAGAUGAUCCAUCAGCUGUGACUUGUUCUUUUUGCCUCAGACUUUGUGUGGUUAAACCCAGUAUCUGACGUUAUUGAUUAGUUUGAGAGAUUGGAAACAUGAAUCACCAUUAGACUCAUCAAUAAAACCCUGAUCUCAGAUCAUG